CUGACGUUUCCCCCGUGUCACUUUUGAGUUUAACUGCACACUGGCUGGAUGAGAGUUUCGUGCCACACAGUGCAAUGCUAAAUGCAAAGAACUUUCGCGGUUCGCACACCAGUGACGCGAUUGCAGCUACCCUAAAAGAAAUGCUUGACAAGUGGCAAAUUCCUUUAGAUAAAGUCCAUGUCAUUCUGAGGGACAACGCAAGCAACAUGCGAAAGGCGAUGGACAACAUGAAGGUGCGUAGUUUAGGCUGCGUUGCACAUACACUGCAUCUCGUUGUCAUCGAGGGACUGCUAUCACAGCGCGCUGUGAGUGAUGCCGUUGCAAGUGGGAGACAGAUUGUUGGACACUUUAAACAUUCCCCGCUUGCUUAUUCACGGCUGCAAGAUAUCCAGCUUGAGAUGAAUCUUCAAGCAAAACGCCUGCAGCAGGACGUCAAAACCAGGUGGAAUAGCACCUACUUUAUGAUCGCGAGUCUGGUGGAACAGAAACGAGCACUGUCUGCUUAUACUGCUGACCAUGACCUGCCCUCAACACUCACGGCAAACCAGUGGGCCUUGCUUGAAAAAACAAUGAACUGUCUAGAACCGUUUGAGGAGUUAACAAGGAAGGUGAGCUCAGCCACAUCCUCCACUGCUGAUGUUAUCCCAAGUGUCACCGUUCUGAAACGUGUCCUCUCCAUGGAAACCGAGGCUGACUCUGGGAUUAAAACCAUGAAAAGGACGCUCUUAGAAGCUGUUGACAAGCGCUUUAGCACCGUGGAAGACGAACCUCUGUAUGUACUUUCCAAACUGCUGGACCCAAGAUACAAGGACAGAUUUUUCACCAGUGCAGACUCUGCCAAGCGGGGGAAAGAUGCACUGGCUAAGGAGCUGGAGGAAGAUGUGAGGACCACCACUGCUGAUGGAGCAUCAACGGCUUUGGAGCCACCAGGAAAGCCCCCCUGAGUGGAAACAGCGGGAGCAGCAACUCCAAGCAGCAGCAGCAGCUUCUUCAUGAAAGAAUUUGACAAAAUUCGGGGAGAGCGAGAAAAAGGUCCUGGUGCAGCAAGCAGCUCUAGUACUGCUGUACAAUUGCAUGGAUAUUUUACAGAGGAAACAAUUCCUAUCACAGAUGACCCAUACAAAUACUGGGGAGUCAACCGCCAGCGCUUUCCUGGCCUUGCUGCUGCUGCCUUAAAAUACCUCAGUGCACCCUGCACUAGCGUUGAAAGUGAACGGCUUUUCAACACAGUCUCCACCAUCAUGGACGAGAAGCGAAACAGACUCACAGCAGAGAGAGCAGAAAUGCUUGCUUUCCUAAGCAAGAACCUGCCAGUGAUGCUUAAGCCUGAGCUUGAGAAGCUUGAGAAAUCUGCUUGAGCAGGUCACUGACACUGAUACCUCAAUUUUUUUUUUUAACAAGCUAGAGAAGCUAUUGUUUUGUUCAGAUGCUUUUGCACUAAACGUUAUAAAGAUAAGCUAUUGUUUUUUUUUACCAAGCUAGAGAAGCUAUUGUUUUGUUUACCAAGCCUACCUCUGUUUACCAAGACUACCUCUGUUUUUUUGUAUUUGUUUUACCAAGCUAGAGAAGCUAUUGUUUUGUUUACCAGGCCUACCUCUGUUUUUUUUUUUUAAUGUUUACCAAGCUAGAGAAGCUAUUGUUUUUUUUUUACCAAGCUAGAGAAGCUAUUGUUUUGUUCAGAUGCUUUUGUUUAUUUACACUAAACUAUAUAAAUUAUUAUUAUUAUAUUAUUUAUUUUGUUUAACAUUGUAUUUUGAAUCCGUUUGCACUGACUGAACCAGUCACAAUAUAUAUUUAUGAUUACAAUUGUUUUACUGGUGCAUAAUUAUUUAAUAAAUAAGUAAUUCAGUUAAUUUACAUCUGUUUAUUUUUAUUUAUUUUUUUUAAAUAGGAAAUGUUUAAGUCAAGUCUCAUGAUCCCAGUCUUUUCCCCUCAAUGAAACUUACAGUUUGUAGCCAUAAUUUCGAGCUGUUUUUCUAUAUCGGUAUCGGAUCGGUAUCGGCCGAUACUAAACCUCAGAUAUCGGUAUCG